AUGGGAUCAUGUUACACAUGCUAAAAUGUUACAACUAUACCACCAGACUAAAUGAAAACAAUUAACUUAAUGGAUUAUCAGGAAUUUUUUUUUUUUUAAAUCGAAGCAAUUACCAAGCAAGAGAAAAAUAAUUUGUUUUUAAGUUUUGAAAUUUUCAACGCUUAUUUAGAAGAUCAAAUAAAAUUUUCUCCUUAUCCUGUAUUUAUAAUGAAAUGGGAAAUUGGUUAUGCUUUGAGAACAUUAACAUAAUUUAUCGAUAAUUCAAAUGAAUGGAUAACUUUUAUAUAAGGCUCAGAUUAUAAUACUGCGCUUAACAUUUUUAAUUGUGUUGAAGAUGAAAAUAAUAUAGAUGUAUAUGAAUAAUUCUAAUAAUGGGAAUUGAUUAAAAUUAGUUUAAAUUCUCUUGUAAAAGAAGAAACGCAAUUUAAAAAUUAUUUAGCAUUCUAAUAUUUUAGAUAAAUUCUCAGAUAUCUUUAGUAGUAAAUAAUUGAACUAAAAGAUUGA